AUGUCCAUCCCCCAAUCCGAAAUCCCCCGCCUUUCACUCCUCUACCACGCAAAGCGCCUAAUACCCAGCAGCAAGGCCCCACAGCGCACCCCUUCCGCAACCAUAAACACCAGAGUGGGCCUGAUCCGCAGCGAGAUAACCAAACUCUCCCUCCCGAACGGGGCAAUUGUGAACGCCACAAACACAUCGCUCCUCAAUGCCGGCGGUAUCUGUGGUGCGAUCCACAACGCCGCGGGACGCGGACUGCUAGCGGAAUGUUUGACACUGGGCGGGUGUGAGACCGGCAAUGCAAAGAUCACGGGUGCGUACGAGUUGGCCUGCCGGAACGUGAUUCACGCCGUCGGGCCGGUGUACUGGAGGGCGCGCAGGACGAAUGAGCAUGCCUCGCUGCUCGCGAGCUGCUAUCUGGCUUCUUUGAGGCUGGCGGUGGCGAAUGGAUUAGAUACCAUUGCGCUUCCGGCCAUUUCUACGGGGGUGUUUGGGUACCCGAGUUACGAGGCGGCGGAGGUGGCGAUUUCGACUGUUAGGGAUUUCCUGGAUAGGGAGGAGCAGGAGGGCGGGGCGGAGGGGCGGAGGUUGCGAUUAGUAGUCUUUUGCACGUUUGAGAGCAAGGAUGAGAUUGCGUAUAUCGAGUUGCUGCCGUUAGUACCCUCUACCAUACUCUUUGAUGUAUGGUUAUUGAUCCUGCUACUGCAGGAAUUACUUCCCCCCAGCAGGCGACAAGGAAGACUCUACAAAACAACCUGAACAGAAAGCCCCCCAGGAAAUCGUGACCGGCUCCUCCUCCUCCGCUGCGGCAGCACUUCAUAGUAACACCCUCCUGAUAUCACCAAAGUUCGAGGAAACUCCCGGACCUCAAGACCCGAAUCGCCACCACUACCACCACCAACAAAACCAGCAUAUUACUUCCGACCCUCAGGCCCACGAGGAUGGCGGAUUCGUCAUAGUUACCGAGGAACUAUAUCAGCAUUAAGCUUCUCUCCCUCCUGCUUUUCUCCCUUUUCUUGUAAAAAAUAUUCAAUACGCCGCAGAAUCGGUGGUCCCCCACACCAAUAGAAAGACCGGUUUUUCGCCGGCAUAUUCUUCUACUCCUACUUCUCCUCAAUAACCCGGGAUUAGCACCACUUUUGCCCCCAAUUUUGUUUGUCGCGAUGGGCUAGACCGGUGCUAAGUUUUGUACAAACAAACGGCAGAAUCGGCGUUUUUUUUGUUUUUUUUUGGUUUUCACUUCCACUUUCAUUUUCAUGGCAAAUUUGCGUCUAUGGAUCCCGAAUUUCUCAUGGUAGUAGUGUAUUCCCAAGAUGUUAAUCUGAUACGGAUUCCCUAAACACCCCACUGUGUUUCCCGAUAGCAAAUUGCAAAUACAAGUACAAUGCGUGGAAGUUAUGAUAUAAUACGGUAUAAACUACCACACGCUAAUAAUUCACUAGUACAGUAGCACUGCAAAAUUAGUCUAAUGGACUCUGCACUUUAAAGUAAGCUAACUAAACCUAACCCAGUCGGUUGGUCGAUCAAUUCAACCCCAACCCCUAGCUUCAACGCUUGCCUGCACCCUACUCGUACCCGUACGGCACGGUUAUCAUAAUUAAAUUAUCUUAUCCACCGACCCAUCCCAUCCCCCCCCCCACAACCACCACCGACGACCGACGACCGACCACUGGAACCAGCACCGUAUGAUACAACACCUUUGAAAGAGGGAAGAAAAUAAAAAUUAAUUAAAAAAAAGACCCUAUCCCAACCAACCUCCCCAUCACCACAAACCACCAAAACAAAAACAAAAACAAAAACAAAAAAUGCCAUCCCCCCCCUUCCUCCUCCAGGCCUUAAAAUCCCUCCCAAUCCUAAUCUUCGUAACGAACCACGUCUACUCCCUGCACAGGAUCCACGGGAGGAGCAUGUCGCCGACCCUGUCCCGCGACGUGAUACUCGCGCAACGGCACAACGCUACGGAGAACCUCCGGCGCGGGCAGGUGGUGCUGUACCGUUCGCCGGUGGAUCCCGAGAGGGUCGCUGUCAAGAGGGUUGUGGGGCUGGAGGGGGAUGUGGUCGUCGUCAGGCCGGUGGGUGGGGAGGGGCGGGGGAGGGUGGGGGAGGCGGUCAAGGUUGGGGCGGGGAAGGUGUGGGUGGAGGGGGAUGAAGGCUUUUGGUCGGUUGAUAGUAAUGUUUAUGGACCUGUGGGUUUUUUUUUCUUUCUUUCCCCCCCCCUUCUACCUCUUUCUUUCUUUCUUUCUUUCUUUUUGAAACAAGUAUCUGGGGCUGAUUGGGGGAUAGAUUCCGAAAGCUUUGAUUGAGGCAAAGGUUACUCAUGUAGUUUGGCCACCAUCGAGGGCUGGGAGGGUUAAGGAGGAUUCUAUGGGGAGGGUUGGGGCCUUAAAGUGCAGGGCCCGGGGUGAUCGAACGAUUCCAUGA